AUGUCUGGCACAGGCAAACACAAUGUCUCGGGCGAGAACGGACCUACCCAAUGGCAGUCACAAGCGCUCGGAGCCCUGCAGGAAGCCACCGAGGCCUUCCUCGUCAGCCUAUUCCACGAUGCGAAUCUGUGCGCCAUUCACGCCAAGCGCGUCACAAUCCAGCAAAAAGACAUACAGCUUGCUCGCCGGCUACGUGCCGCCUGGGGCGCACCUGUUUGA